UUAUUUUCUUUUAAAAAAGGAUAUUAUAAAGGAUACAGAUGAACAUCGAGAUGAAGAGAUACACAACACAAGGUCCAGAAGGAGCCUGAGUGUAGGAGUGGAAAUGAGGUGUGCCAUCUUCCUUGGCAGAUGAAUGCAUUUACCAACCCAGAAGCUCAUCACAUAUUCCCGAGAUUUUCUAUUUUGUACGCACGUUAUUUUGUAUAUACUGUAUAUGAUGACUUCAGUGAGCAGUGACCGUUCCCGAAGUGCUCGGGAAAAAACACAAAUUUCAGCAACACAGGCAACACAACUACAGAAACAAGUAGUACAGGCAACAGCUGAACAGAUGCGUCUCGCUCAGGUGAUCUUUGAUAAAAAUGAUUCAGAAUUUGAAGCUAAAGUUAAACAGCUUAUGGAAGUGACAGGAAAAAAUCAGGAUGAAUGCAUAGUCGCCCUACAUGACUGUAAUGGAGAUGUGAACAAAGCUAUCAAUAUAUUGCUGGAAGGGAAUUCAGACACAACCUCAUGGGAGACUGUAGGGGGGAAGAAGAAGAAUUUUGGAAAAGAAAGUUCAGAAAACAAAGAGAAUAGAGAGAAGAGAAGUGAGAGAGAAGUGAGUCGUGGACGUGGAAACAACAACCGGAAAGGAAGAGGUGGCAAUCGUGUGAGAGAGUUUAGAGGUGAAGAGAAUGGAAUUGAUUGCAAUCAAGGGGACAAGCCUUCAGACCGUGGCAAGCGAGCCCGUGGUAGAGGAUUUGGACGUGGCAGAGGGAGAGGGGCAGGAAGAUUCUCAACCCAAGGCAUGGGGAUGUUUAGCAACAUCCCUGGCCUUUACCUACUAGAUGCCUGUAGCACUCCUUCUCAAACCUCCUACUGGGGAUGUGCCCGCAACCAAGAACUGGCAUCAGAUGCUCAAAAUGUAGCUCAAGAUCUGCCAAACAAAAAUUCUUAUGGACACAAAGGGGCCUGGAAGAAUUCUGUGGAAGAGUGGACAACAGAAGACUGGACUGAAGAUCUUUCUGAAACAAAGGUCUUCACUGCCUCAUCUGUUCCACAAGAGAAUCAUGUCACACCUGGGAAAAGUGUUGAUCUGGUAGCCUUGCUCCAGAAGCCUGUUCCUCCCAAUCAAGCCUCAGAAGUCAGCUCCUUUGAAACUUCCCAACAGCAGGGCUUUGGCCAAGCCCUUGUCUUCACAAAUUCUCAGCACAGCAAUCAGAUGGCACCAGGGACUGGCAGCUCCACUGCUGUCAACUCCUAUUCUCCUCAGAGUCUGUCAUCCGUCCUUGGUUCAGGAUUUGGAGAGCUUGCACCUUCAAAAAUGGCAACCACCACCAGCUCCCAGAUUUUGGAUCAGUUGAAACCUCCAAGUUUGGGCCAGUUUACUACCACACCAAGUUCGCAGCAGAAUAGUACAAGUGCCCCCACAACCACUUCUUCUUGGGACCUCAAGCCCUCAGCUAUCCAGUCCUCAGUCCGUAGCCAUUUUGACUUUAAAUCUCAGCCUGAACCAUCCCCAGUUCUCAGCCAGUUGACCCAGCGACAGCAGCACCAAACUCAGGCAGUCACUGUUCCUCCUCCUGGGUUGGAGUCCUUCCCUUCCCAGGUAAAACUCCAAGAGUCAGCACCCAGAGACAGCGCCUCCACUGUGAACAAACUCUUGCAGCUUCCCAGCCUAACUGUCGAAAAUAUCUCUGUGUCUGCCCACCAACCACAGCCUAAACACAUCAAACUCCCGAAGCGGCGGAUACCUCCAGCUGCUAAGAUCCCAGCUUCUGCAGCCUUGGAAUUUGGAUCAGAAUCUUCUCUCUCUGAAUUUGGAUCAGCUGCAAGCAGUGAAAAUAGUAACCAGAUUCCCAUCAGCUUGUAUUCAAAGUCUUUAAGUGAUUCUUUGAAUACCUCUCUACCAAUGACCAGUGCAGUACAGAACUCCACCUAUACAACUUCAGUCAUUACCUCCUCCAGUCUGACCAGCUCAUCCCUGAGCUCCACUAGUCCAGCAACAACGUCUUCCUCCUAUGACCAGAGUUCUGUGCACAACAGGGUUGCAUACCAAAGCUCUGUGAGUCCGUUGGAGUCAGUUCCAGGAACUGUCACGAAUGGACAUGGUGGUGGUCGAAGUCAGCAGACAGUAGACACUACUGCAUCUGUUCCUGCUCCAAAGACAACAGACCCUCCCUCCGCUCUCCCAUCUGUGGCCUCCCUGCCCAGCACCACCUCCUGCAGUACGCUCCUACCCUCUGCAUCUCAGCACACUGCCACUUUGCCCUCCUUGUCCCAGCCUGGUGACCUGUCCAGCACCCCCCUCUCUCAGCUUAGCAGUUCACUCUCCACCCAUCAGAGCAGCCUCUCCUCUGCGCACACAGCACUCUCCUCCAGCACGUCACACACACACACCAGUGUGGAGAACACCCCUUCCCUCCAGUCCUCAGCCACCUUCUCAAUGGCAGCAACCUCCACCUCGAGUGCCACGUCCUCAGGACUCAGCCUGCCAAGCAGCAUGAACACAGUGAACAGCCUCUGCCUGGGCGGAACCACCGUGAGUGCCCCUAGCAGCAGUACCAGAGCCACGCCCUUGGUGACCUCAGGCAAAGCGCCCCCCAACCUGCCCCAGGGGGUGCCACCCCUGCUACACAACCAGUACCUCGUGGGCCCCGGAGGACUACUUCCUGCCUACCCGAUCUAUGGCUACGAUGAACUCCAGAUGCUGCAGUCACGGCUGCCGGUGGAUUAUUAUGGAAUUCCCUUUGCUACACCCACAGCCCUUGCCAGCCGAGAUGGAAGCCUUGCUAAUAACCCAUAUUCAGGUGAUAUCGCAAAGUUUGGUCGAGGUGACUCUGCAUCCCCUGCACCUCCCACCACACUGGCUCAAGCACAGCAGAGCCAAUCCCAGGCCCACCACACCCCCCAACAGCCCUUUCUGAAUCCUGCGCUGCCACCUGGCUAUAGCUACACUGGCCUUCCCUACUACACAGGCGUGCCCAGUGCCUUCCAAUAUGGGCCCACCAUGUUUGUUCCACCGGCCUCAGCCAAGCAGCAUGGUGUGAACCUCAGCACUCCCCCGACCCCCUUCCAGCAGGCCAGUGGUUAUGGCCCGCACAGCUACAGCACAGGUUAUGAUGACCUGACCCAGGGGACAGCAGCGGGAGACUACACCAAGGGUGGCUAUGGUGGAUCAUCACAGGCACAAAACAAGCCUGCAGGUUCUGGGCCUGGCAAAGGAGUGUCCGUCUCUUCGAGCACCACUGGCCUACCUGAUAUGACUGGUUCUGUCUACAAUAAGACUCAGACUUUUGAUAAGCAGGGAUUUCAUGCAGGGACCCCUCCACCGUUCAGCCUGCCCUCGGCCUUGGGUUCCACUGGGCCCCUGGCCCCUGGAGCAGCUCCUGGUUAUGCACCCCCACCAUUCUUGCACAUUCUGCCUGCCCACCAGCAGCCUCACUCACAGCUGUUACACCACCAUCUUCCGCAGGAUGCUCAGAGUGGCUCGGGUCAGCGCAGCCAGCCCAGCUCCCUGCAGCCCAAGUCACAAGCCUCCAAACCUGCCUACGGCAACUCUCCAUACUGGACAAACUGAACCCUGAAGAGAGGGGUGGGCUGGGGCAGGGCUAACCCUGGGCAGGAGACACCACAUGGAGCCCAUUUCUGGGAGCCCAGCACCCUUUCUAGAAUUCGAGACGUGUAACUGUGUCAGCCGAGCCUCUGUGGGGAGCCUACCUCCCAGACUCGCUAUUGUAUGUAAUGUAUUUAUGUAUGUAUUUGUAAAUGUGACAGAAGUCUUAGGAGAGUGGGGGGAACAGCUACUACUUGUCAGGUCUGUUUUCCCCACUCAAGCUCCUUUUGGCUGUAGCAAAAUAAGACCCCUCUCCCCUCCUACCUCCCACAUAGCCCCCCUGCCAGGAGGCUGUGAGGGGCAGUGCCUGGAAGGGCUGGUUUAAGGCAUUUGGGUAAUGGGAUCAGGUACCAAUGAAGAAUCACGACUUACACCCCCUUAUAAACCAUUAGAGUUUUUUCUUCCUUGUGUAAUCACUUCAUCUGUCUAUUUGAGAAACUUGUCCUAUUAUCAUUUGUCAUGUUCCUCUCCUGCCAAAUCUUGAUCUGGGAAUAGCAGAGAUAUCCCCCCUGCUCAACAUGAAAGUGGCACCUGUUUGUCUUCAUAUAGAGCAGGGGUAUCUGCUUCUGGCCUGCCCUUGUCCCCAGGGACUUGCCUUCCUCUGGCUGACCAUUUUAAUAAUAAUCUGAAUUUGUGCUCAGAGAUGUUCAGCCAGUCAGCUCCCCUUUUUAAAAAAUCAGAUAAUGCUCCACAAGAGCACGUCUCCAUGCAAAGGCUCCUCUCUCCCAGUUGUCCUGAACCAGGUGGGCGACUGCUUCAGGGUUCUCUUUUGCCCAAAGUCCACCUAAUAAAGUUCUGAGAGCAUG